AUGACGACGCCGCCGGCGCCACCGAGUCGGGACGAGCGCGCGGCGUGGUACGUGCGCUUUGAGCACGUCGUCGUGACGCGAUCGGUGCAUGGCGUGGGUGUGCAGUUCGACUGCGCCACGAACAUCCCCAGUUUCCACCGCACGUCGUACCAGGGCGUUCAGCGGACGUAUGCGGAGCUCGCGCGCUACUUUCUCGCGCUCACAUGCUAUGGACCGCGCGUGAUCGUGCCGGCCCUGCCGCUGCCGACGCCCUGGAUGGCGCGUGCGUCGUCUGAGCUCGAGGAUCUUCAAGUGCUCCUGCGCCGGUGGUUUGCCUACAUCGCGCAAGACUCGGUGCUGCGCAUGCAUCGCGAGACGCUGCGCUUGGUCGAGGCGGACUAUAGCUAUGAGCCGCUCCGGCCGGACGACACGGCGCCGGCGCCUCUGAUCAAGCAGUUUGGCCACAUGGACGCACGCAUCCGCUCCCUGCAGCACGUUUGGGACGGGUCCGUGUGGGAGACGGAGCCAGAGGCCGCGCCGCCAACGCGCCGACGCCCGCGGCUGUUUCGCACGAACGCGGCACCGCGGCGCGAGACACCGGCCGCGCUCGUUCCUGCGCCGAGCGCGGCCCCGAGCGCGGUCCCUGUGUCGGACCCUGAUCCCCAUUUCUCCCACGCCCGCAGCGACAUUACGCGUCUCGAGAAGCAGCUGGCGGAUGUGUCGUUGGCCAGUGCAGGUGUGUCCCAGGCUCGUCAGGAUGUGAACAAGGCGUUCGACGACCUCGUUCGCAAGCUGCCCGGCCUCGCGACGCUCGAAGAGGCACGUCCAGCGAGCCUGCAGGGCCGACUUCCGCGAACGCUGCGUAGUGCGCAUACCCAUCUCCAGCACAUCGUCCACACGUCGACGGCGCUCAUGUAUGCGGACCAGGUGACGCUGGGCGACGCCAUGGCGUACUAUGCGCACACGAUGCGCAUGGCGCGGCAGACUCUGCAGGAGCGCAUGAGCGUCGUCGUCGAGCGCGCUCUGGCGCGUCGCGUCGUGGCGAACAAGCAGCAGGAUGCGCAGCAGCUCCAGUAUGGACGGCAUCCGCAUCCCGAUCGCGUGGAAGCGGCGAAAGAGGAGGUCCAGGAGGCCCAGCAGCAGCUCUCGGCCCUCGACGACUAUCUCGCCAAGGUCCAUGACUCGCUGCAGGACAGCUUGCAGCGCCACAGCAUUCACACGCACCAAGACCUGCUCGCCUCGAUCCAGCGGCAUGCAUGCACGAGUCGCGCGAUCGAGCAGCGCCUUGCCGACGAACUGGCCAGCCUCGCGGAGGCGUGCCGCGCCUCGGCGGCCGAUGCACAGCAGGCGGCGUACGAGGCGGCGCAUGCACCGCGCCGCAUCACACCUGCCCAGGCCGCGGCGGCUCGUAUGACGGGGCGCAGCGUGCCGGAGCAGCCUGACGCGGCGGAUCAGCUCAGCAAGCCGCGCGAGCGCGGCCCCGAGGCAGCGCCCCCAAGCGACGAGCGCGGCCCCGAGGCAGCACCCCUAGGCGACGAGCGCGGCCCCGAGGCAGCACCCCUAGGCGACGAGCUCAACCCCGAGCCUGCCGGCGACGAGCCCAGUCCCGAGGCGCCGUCCUUCCCCUCGCUCGCGUUCCAGCGCGACCGCGAGCGCGGCCCGUGGACGCGCUUGUCCGCGUCCGCCGCCGCCCAGGCGCUCGGCGGCCCUUGGUAG